GACGAAGGCGCUUAGCUUUCAGGACGCUUAGCUCUCUCUCCUCAUUUUCGCUGUAUUUUCAACUUACCAAACGCUGUUACAAAGAUUUAGAUCACUAUGAUGAUGUUUUAGAAGCCAAAAGUUUAGAUGAUGAUGAUGAUUUAGAUUUAGAACAUGAUGAUCAUUUAGAUGAUGAUGAUAAUUCCGAUAAAUAUCAUUUAUAUGAUGAUGAUUCAUAUGAUUUAGAUGAUGGUUUAAAUCAUUUAGGUGAUAAUGAUGGUUCAAAUGAGGAUUUAGAGGCGGAGGAUGAUAUAGAUGAUGACAAUUUUGUUAAUGAUGUUGUUUUUGAUGUUGAUGAUAGAUCAGGAGUUCCCAAACUUUUUGUGCCUAUGAGCAUUUCUAGAAUAUCUGGUUAG